AAUAUAAUGAAGAAAAUUACAAAUUUACGGUUAGAAGAAGAUUGCUUGUUGAUAUACUAAGAAAAGUUACAGCUUCAAUAAAAAUUAAGUGCAAAAGUUAUUAUUUUAAAUACCAAAAAUUAUAAAACUCAUGGGAAAAAUGUUUUAUCAAAAAUUCAAUAUCUUACGAUAUCAACAAGUAUUAGCAAAGUUUCAACGAUAACAAUGCUAUACAAACACAGAGUUAGGGAUAACUUAUUGAAGCGAUUGAACAAUUGUGAUUGGCUAGAGUGAGAAUAGAUAGAACACCUCUAAAAAAUUUAGCUUGUUCUGAGUUAAUACCAUUAGUCGAAACAAAUUGUGUUCUAUUACAAAGAUAGGAGGAAAACCAGUGGAAUAUCUCUAAUACUACUGUUUGACUUAAAAGAUUGCGUGCUUAACUGAAAUAAACUGAACUGUCUUAAACAAAUAAUGAUUGUUUUUAUGAUUGUUAUCAACAUGGCUUUUUGUUUUGGUAAAAUUAUAAUACGCAAUGUGAUAAAAGAUGGUUACUAUAAAUUAAAUCCACUAGAUGUAACGACAAAAUCUGAUUUUACUGUUGGUUUUAUUGAAGCAAAUGGAAGUGUAAAUGACCCAAUAAGUUAUUUUAUUACAAAUGUUUAUUACUUACCACCUAGUUCCCAAAUAUACGAACCGGUAUCCCAAGAAUUAACCAAUUGGCAAAUAUAUGCAACGUCGUCAUCAAUUAAUGACUGCGACAAUACAACUUUGAAAUUGUAUUCGAAAAGAAGAAGAUGCUUUUGCAUUGAUCAUUUCAGUGGAGAAAUUAAAACAACUUUAUAUUUUAGUAAAAUGGAACAGCAAGUUGGUGGUCAAUAUCACAUAGAGUUUGAAGUUAAGAAUAGUAUUAUAACAUUAAAAAAUAAUUUACCUAUAUCACUAAUGCUUUUUUCUAUAUGCAAUAACAUAACAAGUUUAUACAAGUCAAUUAUUCCAUUUUGUGAUCUUUCAGUGUACAAGUCUGAUUUAAUGAAAUCUAAUAUGCUUUUUACUCAUGAUUUACCUAACACUAUAUUUAUCUCAGCUAUUCAAUACAGUAUUAAAAAAGAAGAACAAAUUUCUAUUGGUUCAAAUGUCAGUGUUUUUAUUCAUAAUAAGGGCGCAGUUAUACAAAAUUUUGACUUCAUCCACUUAAAUGCAACACAAGUUGUUUUAAUCACACCACCUAUUAAAUGGAAACCUAGUGACACCUUAUUUUUAGGGCUUAUUGUGAAUUCACAUUUAAACUAUGUUUUUGAUAUUCAGUAUAUUGGUAUUGAAGAAAAAGACUUUUGCUCGCUCAACCCUGUAUGUGUAAACUCUAUCAAGCAACUUGUCAGAUUUCAAAAUAUAUAUUCUCAUCAAUGCCCAAGUAAUGAUCAAUAUGGUUUAACUGCUAAAUAUGGAUAUUGUAAUGAGAAUAAUGAUCCAAUAAUCAAUGCCACGUCUGCAUAUCUUAAUUGGGAUGUUAUGGUAAAAACUGGACGCCCUUUACCAAUAAUUUCAAAUUUUAUUAAAGAUCCAGAGGGUAAACCGCUGCAGUUAAAAGUUGCAGCUGUAAGGUCUAAAUAUGGCAAUUAUUCGGGUAAAGUUAGAAAUAUGCAAAAUCAUCCAUACUGUGAUCAUUUGAAUACAAGUGUUUUAUUUUGUUUUAACAGUUCAACGGGAACGCUAUAUAGUACUUAUAAUUUAUUAGGUACAGUACCUGAUGAAGUAUUUAAUAUUACCAUAGCUGUGUUUGAUUUAGAGCUCUAUCCACCUCGAAAAAAAAUAUUUUACUUAAAUAUAAUAUUUCAAUCAAUAUGUGCCAAACCUACAAACUCUUUUCGCGAAAUUAUAAAAAGUUGCGAUACAGAUUAUUACGAGGGAGUUGUCAAUAACCACCGAAUUUCAAUAACAACUCCACACCAAGUUAAUGAAUCAUACUAUAUUAGUGGUAUACGCAUUUUAGCUAAACACAAAUGUGAUUUUAUGGAAUUGAUAAUAACAAAAUUUCAGCUCAACUAUACUACGACAGUUAAAUUUUUUUGUGUUGGAAAUUAUGCAUUGGUUGAUAAACCAAUUAUUUUCGAAGAUGGGCUUCAUUACAAUAUCUGCGCUAAAAUUUUCAAGGAUAACAUAACAACAAAUGUUAUCGAAAACUUUAGCAACCUAAAAUUUGUUAUGAUUAAAAAGCAUAAUUACUGUUCAAAUACUGACUGCAUUAAUAAGUUUGAUAUGUACAACAAAUCAUUAUGGGAAGACUCAAACAUUAAGUCAACAUGUGCUGAAGUUGAUAUUUUUGGAAUGACAGCUAAAUACGGAAAUUGUAUUGAUGAAAGUUGUGCAAAAAUAAAUUUAACAGUAUCUCAAGUGUUGUUACAAGAUUCAAACAGAACAAGUCCAGAGAUCAACAGCAUUGACGCUGAUUUAAUACAACAACUACAAAAUGGUUUUCCAACUGCUUUUUUUUCAAGAGUCCUUACUUUUCAAGUUAUUAAGUUAUCUAACAGAAACAAUAAUAUUGGCGUUUUGGUAAACAUUACAUAUCAAGUCCAAAGUAAUAAACGGCUAGAAAGUUGUAAAGAAAUUGCUGACCUAAAGUUCGGAAACAAUAUUAUUGUGGAAUCAUUAAAGUUUUGUGAUUGCUGUGUAAGUGAGGUAUUUUCAAUAGGAAGUUAUAUCGAAAAAUAUACACCUCGAGUGACCUUAGCCAAUACUCUUUCUUUGAUAAAUUGUGAAUCUGACCCAGAUAUUGUUAUUCAAAGAAAAUGUUUACAGGAUAAAAUUAAUAACCUGCCACGAUGGGAUUACUUUAAUGAUUCAUUUUGCCCACCAAAAUAUGACAUCACAAAACAUCUUUUGUUCCUGAAACAGAUUAAUGUGACAACAUUAAAUGUUGAGAAAAUUUUACAUAAAUUAAAUGAAAUUCUUCAAUCGUUUCAACUUGAAAAUAUUUAUCAGAUUAAUUUGGUUACGCAAAUCAUUAGCAACAUCAUUAAAGUUAAUUCAUUUUCAGAAGUGGUAACAAGUGGUAUUUUGUUGUCGGUAGAUGUAGUCUUAUGUUCUAAUAAAACUUUGCUUCAAAAUGCAAACAAGAAACUUGAUUUAUUUACAACUUUUCUAUCUCAUUUGGAUACAUUGGCAAAAUACCAGACUAAAAAUAUAACAAUAUCAAAGAGCACAUUAGCAAUGGCGUUUUACUCUAUAAGAGGAAAUCAAAGUUCAAUAUAUAUUUAUUCAGAGCUAAAUGAAAACAAUGUAAGUGUCAAUAUAUUAGCUAAUAGUCUUAGAGAAGAUAAUAAAAAAUUCAAUGCAUACAUUGUAUUACCAUCGCAGUUGUUUCAUGGUCAAAUUGAAACCCAAAUAUAUUCUUAUGCAUUUUCAAAAAAAACAUUGUUCUCGAACACAGAAGAUAUUAUAGACAGUAUUAUUUUGUCUGCAACUAUAAAUGGUAUCAAAGUUAGAAACGCAUACAAUCCUAUAUCAAUUAUGUUUAUGCAAAACAGUAGUGCUUUUGGGAAAAGAUCUUGCCAAUAUUAUGACAUUAAAGAAAAAAUAUGGUUGUCAGAUGGAUGUACUACUACUUUCAAUUCUACAUUAGAAUAUUUUUGCCAAUGCAACCAUCUUACAAUAUUUGCACUAAUACUAAAUGUAAAUCAAUCAGAAAACAACUCUUUAGGCCUUAAUAUUAUUACAUGGAUCGGAUGUUUAAUAUCAAUCACUGGACUAUUUUUGACAAUCGUUACCUAUACUUUAUUUCCGAAACUACGUGUCAAUCUGGCUCCGAAAAUACUCCUUAACAUGUGCGCUAGUUUGAUCAUUGUGUUAAUUUUAUUUGUUUCAUUAGCUGAAAAAACCAAACCUCGAAUUUUAUGUAAAACUGUUGCUUCUUUAUUGCAGUUUUUUAUUUUGUCAACAUUUUUGUGGAUGUCAAUUGAAGGCAUAAAUUUGUAUCGAAAAUUUGUAAUAGUGUUUCGUGGCACAUACAGUUCUCGAAUCUUUAUGGCAAAGUCUUCUGCGUUUGCUUGGGGUGUACCACUCAUCUUGACAAUAGCAACAGCUGCUAUUAAUCAUGAAUACCUUGGCCCAUCAACUGAUCGAGACCUUAAAAUAUGUGUUGUGAGGGGUACUCCGUUUUACUUUGGAGUACUUUUACCUAUCGGAGUUGUAAUUGUAUGCAAUACUUUUAUACUCCUUCUUGUUCUUAAAGGAAUUGGAUCAAAUUAUGAUCUAAAAUUAGUAGGAAAAAAAUCAAAAAACAGAGUUAAUAAAGUCCGAAUUGCUUUGUCGUGUUCUGUUUUGCUCGGCACAACAUGGGUUUUUGCAGUUUUAGCUGUUGGUAACCUCCGAAACACAUUUCAAUGGAUUUUCUGUAUUUUAAACUCGUUACAAGGAUUUUUUAUAUUUUUGUUCUAUACUGUGCGUAACAAGGAAGUUAAAAAACAGUGGCUUUUAUGGUUGGAAAAAAAAUCAGUAAAAAAAUAUUAGAUGUCGAUAAACGUUACAGAUUUAAUCACAAUUUUUACAGACAAUAAUUACAUAAAAGUGUAUAAAUCUGUUUAGCGUAGCAUAAUAAAGUUCAAUGAAAAUGUU